AUGAGUUCUGCCAACUUCGGAGUCCUCUUGCGAUGCAAAGUGAUCGUUGUCGGCGAUGCUGGGGUUGGGAAGAGCGCGAUUGUGCAGAUGUUUCACAGCAAAGGGUCGCACUAUCCUCGGCAAUACAACAUGACCACAGGAUGUGAUUUCGUGAUGAAGGAAAUCAAAGUGCCAGAGAGUGACUACACUGUAGAGCUUCACAUCUAUGACUGUGCGGGCCAGUCAGUUUUCAAAGACCUAACAAGUCAAUACUGGAAGAACUCCAACAUUGUCAUCUUUGUCUACGAUGUGACGAAACCAGAAUCCUUUCAAAACCUGGGCGAAUGGCUAGACCUCGUGCGAAAGAAGUGUCCGGAAAAAGUUCUCCCUGGAGUGGUCGUUGCCAACAAGGUUGACCUGGAAGAUCGUGUCAAGGUCCAUACCACCGAAGGAGCAGAGUUUGCAAGGAACAACUCUCUGGAGUUUUGUCAGAUCUCCGCGUUCAGGGACAUCAAUGUUGAGAGUCCGUUCUCUGCCGCCGCCAAGUUGUACUCCCAGGCUUACCAGAACAAGCUCGAGACUCUGAAUGGCAUCUGA